AUGGCUGCCUCGCGCCAUGGUCCUUUCUCCCCUGCUCGAGGCGGCGAGGGCGAAGCGUCUCCUCUCUCCGCAGUUGUUGGCGGUACAGCCUGGCUCGUCUGGUCCUCUGCGACGGCGGCUCUCGGCGCCAAAGGCAGCUCGUGGCGAAGCUCUUCUGCGCUACUGCCGGCCCUGGCUGUGACCGCCGGUGUGGGGUGUGCUGUGGGGUAUCUCCUCUACAGCUCAGGUGUCUCCUUUCGGCUGAGACGGGGACAGAUCUUCGGCAGUGAAGCCCGCGCCGAAGAGGCGGAGCAGCAGGUGAGCGAGGAGAGUUCACAGUCUUUGGGCAAAUCGAACAGAGGCAACGAUCAACUCUCCAUCCAGGAAAGCGGCGGAGACGACACCCCCCACUGUGGCGCGGAUCGCUGUUGUGUGGGUACCGCAAAGGAGACACCUGGGUGCCGGGGUGGAGUCGGAGGAUGCGCCGGCGCAGAGUGCUGCCAGAGCCCGGACGGAGAAACGAGGCAGACAGAGGUGGAGCAAGACGGAGACGGCGAAGGAGAGAGUGAAUGUGACCUCGAAGAUCUGCAGUCGAGCGAUGACGAGGGAGCCGACGCUCUCGAUGGCUCGGGCGCGCCGUAUAUACAGCCGACAUUCCCAAGGGUGAAACACCUGAAGAGGCCGCUAAGACGAGCAGUGACGGAGAACAGGGAGAACAAGGCCGAGGCAGAAAAAGAGGAUCCGAGAGAAGACGGGAAACAUGCAGAGAGCGACGGGCGCAGAGGAGUUGGCGAGGCCGCUAGUGGCAAAGACUUCUUUCAACCUGGGAAGCAACAAAAAAUCUACGUCAAAACUUUCGGCUGUGCCCACAAUCAAUCGGACUCUGAAUACAUGAUGGGUCUGCUCGAUGCGGCGGGCUACACCUUUGUGUCUCGGAUGGAAGAAGCUGACGUUUGCCUCAUCAACUCCUGCACCGUCAAGAGCCCUUCCGAAUUCGCCUUAUAUUCGGUGAUUCAAGAGGCCCUCCAGAUCGAGGUCCCUUCCGCGUCUCUGAUUCGCGCUCAGCAGCGCGCCAAGGCAGCGAAAAACGGUCGCGGCGAGAGUCUGCAGUGCGCGUCUUCUUGUUCGGCUUCUCCGUGCUGUUCUUCUGGUCUGAAGAAGGACGAACGGGGGGACGAGGUCGGUGAGGGAGAAGGACACGAAGAGCACGAAGAGGAAGCCCAGACACCGCAGAGCUGCACGGGGUGUGGAGGGGCUAACUCCUGGCCUUCUCCCCGUUCCCUGGAGCAGAGAACAGACGCGAAAGAGGAAGAAAGAGAGGAAGCGAAAGGCGCGGGUGAAGGUUCUAAAAAAGACAAAACACAUUCCGUAACUCGUCGCCCCAUUCCUUGUGUUGUUGCCGGCUGCGUUCCCUACGGGAUGGGUGGGGAGACCCGAGACGAUCAUCGCCGGAAGAAGGGGACCUCAGGGAAAAACGGAGACGGAGAGAAGCACGAGACGAAAAAGGAAGAAGGGAAAGGGGAAAAGAAGCAGAGCGCCCAAAGAGACUUGCUGAAGCUCUGCUCGAUUGUCGGGGUGAGUGCAAUUGAUCGCAUUGUCGAGGCCGUCGAGGAAGCGCUCAAGGGCAACGUGAUCCGCCUCGGUGGAAAAAAAAGGUUGCCGUCCCUCGACCUCCCAAAGAUUCGACGAAAUGCCCUCGUGGAAAUUGUCCCAAUCUCAACAGGGUGUCUAGGCAGCUGUACGUACUGCAAGACAAAGCAUGCAAGAGGCGAGCUAGGGAGCUAUCCGGAGGAGGCGAUUGAGACGCGCAUAGAGGCGUCUCUCCUGGACGGGGUGAAGCAGAUUUGGCUGACAUCCGAAGACUCAGGCGCGUAUGGUCUCGAUCGACAGAGCAGUCUGACCUCGCUGCUCGCCCGCCUCCUGAGGAACGUUUUCGACCGGAGAGCCGAUCCUUCUCUGAUGCUUCGCGUGGGCAUGUCGAACCCGCCAUUUCUCCUUCAGCAGCUGAAAAGCGCCGUGCAGGUCUUCGCCCAUCCAAAUGUCUUCGAAUUCCUGCAUCUGCCGCUCCAGUCCGGAAGCAACGACGUCCUCCUUGCGAUGAAUCGGGAAUACACGGCGGAGCAGUUUGAGGUCGUUGUCGAAACGCUAUUGAAGCAUUUUCCGCGAAUGACAAUUGCAACAGACAUUAUUUGUGGCUUUCCUGGAGAGACCGAAGAGGACCACGAGAAAACCCUCGCCAUCAUCAAGAAAUUCAAGUUUCCUGUUGUGAACAUAUCUCAGUUUUACCCUCGUCCUGGCACGCCGGCGGCGUCCAUGAAGCAACUGCCUUCUCAAAUCGUGAAGCGGCGAAGUCGAGAAGUGACCGCAUUAUUUGAAAGCUACACCUGCUACGACUGGAUGCUUCAUACCACCCAAAUGGUUUGGUUCACAGGCACUUCAGAAAAGAGUCACCACACCGUCGGCCAGACGAAGCAGUACGUGAAAGUUUUGACUCCCAGAGAUGAUGCGUUGCUGGGGACCGGCUGCCCCAUGUAUAUCACGGCGGUCGACAAGUGGCACGUGGUUGCGGUCAGAACGCAGCCAACCGAAAAGAAGAUCCCGCAAAAGGAUUAA